UCGACCGGCGAAGACGCUCUCUGUUUUUUUUGGAAGCUCCACCACGCUGCGCAGUUCGAUUAAAAGUCCCCCGUUCUCUCCCAUAAUCCCCGAAAUUUUAUCAUGGUUUUUGUGGAGUUAAUGAUAUUCUUGGCCUUCAUCGGUUUGUUUUUGUACAAAUGGUCUGUCAAUAGCUUCGGCUACUUCACGAAACGGGGCGUGGCCCAUGACAAGCCCAUUCCUCUGCUGGGUAACAUUCCCUGGUCGGUGAUGAUGGGCAAGGACUCGUACAUAAAGCACAGCAUUGAACAGCACAUGCGACAUAAGCAGCACAAGGCCUAUGGAGUGUACAACCUGCGUGAUCCUUUGUACUAUCUCGCCGAUCCGGAACUCAUACGUCAGGUGGGCAUCAAGAGCUUUGAUAACUUCGCCAAUCAUCGCAAGGGAAUUACUGAUGGAUUCAACGAGACAGGUGUUAUGUCCAAAAGUCUGCUUAGUCUGCGGGAUCGUCCCUGGAAACAGAUGCGCAGCACCCUCACGCCCACAUUUACCAGCCUCAAGAUCCGCCAGAUGUUCGAGCUCAUCCAGUAUUGCAAUGUGGAGGCAGUGGGCUUUUUGAAGCGACAGCAGGAUGAGGGCAAUGCGGAACUGGAGCUAAAGGACUUCUUUACGCGCUACACGAAUGACGUGAUUGCGACGGCUGCCUUUGGCAUCCAGGUGAACUCCUUCCAGGAUCCCAACAACGAGUUCUUCUCCCUCGGUCAGCGCAUCUCGGAGUUUACUUUCUGGGGCGGACUAAAAGUAAUGCUGUAUAUCCUGAUGCCCAAGUUGAUGAAGGCUCUGCGAGUACCCGUGAUGGACAUGAACAACGUGGAGUACUUCAGGAAACUGGUCUUUGAUGCCAUGAAGUACCGCAAGGAACAGAACAUUGUGCGACCCGACAUGAUUAACCUGCUUAUGGAGGCCCAAAAGCAGUUUAAAAAAGAUCAAGAAGCCUCUAAGGAAGAUGCAAGUGGAAACCAAGAGGACCGUGUCAAGUUCAACGAUGUGGAUCUCCUCGCCCAGUGCGUGCUGUUUUUCUCGGCGGGAUUUGAGACGGUGGCCACCUGCCUGAGCUUCACCAGCUACGAACUGCAGGUAAAUCCCGAGGUGCAGGAUAAAUUGUACGACGAAAUUCUGGCCGUGAAGGAGGAACUGGGGGAUAAGCCCCUCGACUACGACACUUUGAUGGGCAUGAAGUAUUUGGAUUGCGUGGUCUCCGAAUCGCUGAGAAAGUGGCCGCCGGCCAUCGUUCUGGAUCGCAUGUGUGGUGCUGAUUUCGAGCUAAAGGAUGAGCAGGGCGAGGUGGUGCUCAAUCUGCGCAAGGACGACUUGGUGCACAUUCCCGUGAUAGCACUGCAUCACGAUCCGGAUAACUUCCCGGAGCCGGAGGCAUUCCGACCGGAGCGAUUUGACGAGGAGCACAAGCACGAGAUCCGGCAGUUCACAUAUUUGCCCUUCGGAGUGGGCCAACGUAGCUGCAUUGGCACCCGGUUGGCCCUCAUGGAGGUCAAGUCCCUGAUAUUCCAGUUGGUCCUGCGCUAUCGCCUGAACCCCACGGAUCGCACUUCACCGGAUAUGAUGGACAGCAUUGCCGGUUUUCGCCUGCAGCCGCGGGAAUUGUUCUGGUGCAAACUGGAGUCCCGUGAAUCCGCUUAAUUAAUAAUACGCCCCCAAACACAUAUAAAUAAUAAUAAAUGGAAAGAGCA